GCAGGCUCUCUGAUGGACUCAGACUCUUCUCUGAUGGCGGCGGCCGAGCUGCUCUCAGACGCAGAGGACAGAGUCAACAUGACAAGGGGCCUAAACCUGAAGGGUCAGACUGCUCUACAACAUCUGGAGAAUCUUCAAACUCAGCUGGAGAGAGAACAAAGUACGCUGUUUCCCCUGACGGAAAUGACUGAAGAUCUGCUGAAGAAUAUCACCGACAUCUUUUUAAUGCUUGAGGAAAAUAAAAAGGAAUUUGAGAAUCAUGCGGCUCAGCUAGACGGUGCCAAGAUGGAACUCUUUAAGAAGCAAAACAACAUUUUCCAAAGGACUACAAAGAUGGAUAUGAUUACUAAAGCUGAGGAGCAGACAGAGGAGCAGACAGAGGAGCUCAUCAGAGCGACGGCAGAACUUCAGCAAAUGCUUCAGAAUGCUACGAGUACUGAACCGCUCAGUGUGCCGGGUGAAGGAGCUUAUAACGGAAUCAUAAACGCUGUAGAAGAGGCAGAGAUGGCAGCAAAUCAGUCCAGAGAGGCUGCUGAUGAAGCCUUAAAGGAUGUGAAGGAGGGAGGUCUGGUCAACAGGGCUGAAGGACUAAAAGAUAAUUCAACUCAUUUACGCACAGAAGCCAGCGAGACUCAGAGUGACCUUAAAGUUCUGUCACAUACAAUGAACACCCUCAAAAAUCGAGUGAAUAAGCAGAAGGAAAAAGCAGAAACACUGAGAACGGACAUCUCAACCGUCAGUGACGACCUCAAAAAGAUCAAAGGAGAUGGCACAGACGUCCUGAUAGAAUCUGCAAAGACAGAUGCCUCGGCCUCCAACUCCACAGUCACUAAUAUAACAGAGAGACUGAGGAAUAUUGGACAGGAAGUGGAGAGAAUAACUUUGACCAACGUCAGCGGGAAUAUACAUGAUGUGUUGGUCGAUGCAGAGCAGGCAUUGAAGAAAUGGAGCUCGGCUCUCCCUGCAUUGAAAAACAAAAUCACACAAGUUGAGGCUCUCAGUGUGAAGGCGCCUCCUAGUGGCAACAUGACAGAAAACAUCAGGAGAACCAAGGAUGUGAUAGAGGAGACAAGGAACUUUGUUAAUAGGAUCUCAGUUGCCACCACUUUCGACGGAAAAGGUCACGUUGAGCUUCGUCCUCCGACAAACCUGGAAGACCUAAAAGCUUUUACAGCCGUCGAUCUGCUUCUCAAUCUCCAUGAAAACAAUCCCUCCGAGGCCGACUUCAGACGAAUGCGACGCCAGAACAAAAACAGAGACGCCAGCUUCUUUGUUUUCUACCUGGGCAAUAAGGAUGCUUCCGGAGACUUCAUUGGGAUGGCUAUCAGAAGAAAUGUGUUGAUUUGUGUCUACAAGUUGGGUGGAGUUGUCAAUGAAGUGGAAACCAGCCAAAUAAAAACGACCACCAACGUGAACUCCUCAGACUUUGACAGGGUUAUCUUCCACAGAGUUUACCAAGAUGCUGAAGUCAACAUCACAAAGAACUUCACCUCACAGAACCCAGUCAGCCUCUCUCCUAAACGUAACCUUCCAAACACAACCAUCGGCGUUCUCGAACUGGAUCCAGACGGUGUUGUCUUCUACGUGGGCGGCUAUCCGGACAACUUUACGCCUCCAGUUGAGCUGCAUUUCCCAAAGUACAGAGGAGCAAUGAAACUCUCCUACAUCAACGACAAUCCUGUUUGCCUCUUCAACUAUAAGCGAGCAGUCAAUAUGGAGGCAAAGCAGCCUGCUGUGAAGAUUCCCCAGUCAGAGGUGUCUGGUUAUUACGAAGGAACAGGUUACCGCAUGGCGUUCAUUAAGGAGCCGCACAAGACGAAGAGAAGACGUUUUAUGUUUCACACAAACAGCCGAGAGACAGACGCCUUGUUGUUCUUCAUCGGAAAUGAAGAGUCUUUUUUCUGUGUGUUUCUGAAGCGAGGCUUCCUGGUGCUUCAAGGACAGCAAGCAGGUCGAGCGCUCAGAGUUCAGAGUUAUGAAAGAGUGUCUCUAUUUGACAAAAACUUUGCCAUCACUAUUGCAGACCGGUUUAUUUUACACUACGGACCACAGAAGAUCUCCACCAAUCACAAUCCAACAAACUACACCAGCUAUUACAUCGGGGGUCUCCCAGCAGAGCUCAGACAGAGACACGACAUCACCGCUCCACCGCUGAGAGGAUGUGUGGAUCAACUGAUAGCCGAUGCUGAGGCCGUUGAGUACAACAGGACGAUUGGUGUCAUUGACGGAUGUCCAGUCUCACUACUGGGUGUUCGCUCAGCUACGUUGCAUUCAGCUCUGUCUGUUGAUUCCUGGAGCGAACAGCCAAUCAGAGUCUCUCUGGGCUUCAAGAGCGAAGUCAGACAUGGAGGUCUGCUCAUGAGCAGCUCUCAGGGCUCCACAUCUACCCAGUUGUCCCUGGCUGAUGGCUUUGUAGUAUUUAAUAGUGAUAAUUAUACCUUGAGGUCCAAUAAAAGGUACAGCGAUGGACUCUGGCACUACUUAUCUGCAGUGAAGAGGGCAACAGGGUUGGAGCUCAGCAUCGAUAAUGGUAAAGUGAUUCAUGGACAAUCAGCUCAUAUCAAGCAAGUGGAUCAAAAAUUGCAAGGAGGGAAAUUUAGAGGCUGCAUCUCGAACCUUUACACAAGGAGCCCCGAACAGAGCUUCAUACCUGCUGAUCUAAGCUCAUUGUCGGGAGACCUAAUUCUUGGACGGUGCAGCCUCCAUCCACCACCUGACACUGAGCUUCUACCAGCACCCCUGUUCAAAAGGCCCAAGCAACACAAACCUAUUCAGGCUCCGGCAGGCAGUCGGUGUAAAUACCGUCGAGCUCAUCGUGAUGAAUACCAGCUCUCUGAGGACAACAGCUGGCUCAGCUACUCUCUGCCACAACAGGACCUCAAUAACAGGCCUCACUUCUCUCUUGACAUCAAGACCAAGUCGUCCAAAGGGCUGAUCCUCCACGUGGCAGGUAGAGGAGUCAUCCCUCUGCUGGCUCUCUACUUGGCCAACGGCAAAAUCAAGAUGUCUCUCGGGCAAAACAGAAUCAUCCAGCACAAUCAGAAGAGCAACGACGGGAACUGGCACAGAGUUGAGUUCAGUGUGGAGAAAAGCACUUUUCAUCUGCUGGUUGAUGGGAUCCGUGUGACUGAUGGACAUCUACCCAGCGAUGAGGGAUCAUCUUUAGACCUGCACAACCCUGUUUAUCUGGGAGCUGAUCCCAAAAGCAAAGCCAUUAAAGGACACAACAUCCCGAUGAACAGUGUCACCGGUUGUAUACGGAGCUUCAAAAUGAACGAGGUAGUUAUCGUGGAACUCGAGGCGAGAUACAAAACGUCACCUUGCUUCGACGGGCUCACAGAGAUGGGGACAUACUUUGGCGGCGGUCACAUCGUCCUAGAGAACUACUUCCCAGUUGGCUCCCAGUUUGUGUUGGCCUUCGAGAUGCGUCCUCAACACCUGACAGGUCUUCUGUUCCAUGUUCGAGGACACAAAGCCAGAUUUCAUGUUUUCUUAAUGGAAACCAAGGUGGGCGUCAAAGUGGUAGAUGGUGACGUCGCUGUCAGUGUGUCAGUGACUCCUCCUAAAAGCCUCUGUGAUGGAAAGUUUCACCUAGUUACAGUGUCCAAACAACGAGACGUUAUUAAACUAGUGGUGGACUCUGUGUCUGAGCAGAAAGCUGUCCCCUUCACGUCCACCUCGACAAAACUGGAUACACUUUACAUAGGAGGAACAACGAAGCAGAACCGAGCCCCGGUUCCUUCCUCACCAUUUGUGGGCUGCUUACGAAAUGUGAAACUUAAUGGAAAACCUGUUUCUUUUGAGACGAGACCCCGGUUGGCCGACCAGGUCAGCAUCAACAGAUGGGUGAAACACUGACUUUUUUAACCCCCACAGACCAUUAGAACCAUCAUAUUCUGAAGAGAGCUUUAUUGAAACCCACAGAAAUUCAUUUGAAAUUCUAUUAUAUAAGCCCCGCCCACCUGAGUGACUGUUGCUUCACCUUAUAAGCCAUGAGUUGGUUGUAUCCAACGUCUUCGGGUGACUUUUUAAUUUCCAAGUAACUCGUUUUAAAAUGAUAAUCUUGUAAAGACGGGUAAGUGUCAGACAUCCAAGCUUCUAUUUGAUACAAUGGUGCAGCCAUAAAAGUAGCAUGGAUUCAAUUUAAUUUUCACAUAAUAUGAAAGCACAAGAAACAAAUAUAGAAUGUAAAAUUUUGACAUAUGUUGUUAAAAUUUGAAUUAAUGUUUUAUGUACUUUAAAACUACUUAAAGGGGAAUAUAAAGGAGAUACUGGAACAUUAGUGUUCAAGCUGUAUGUGACACCUCUAAAGAGCUUUGACCUCUUGUUUUAAUAAUUGUAUCCUGAAUUUUUAUCUGGCAAUUAUCUGAUGAAUUCAUUUUAUUAUUAUUCAAAUGUGGUCCGUGGUUCUUGUAAUUAAAUCCA